GGGCGCACAGCGCGGGACAGGCAGGCAGCUCCACCUGCGGCCCCAGUGCGGGAUCCACUGGGUGAAGCCAGCUGCGCUCCUGAGUCUGGUGGGGACUUGGAGAACCUUUAUGUCUAGCUCAGGAUUUGUAAAUACACCAAUCAACACUCUGUAUCUAGCUAAUCUAGUGGGUACCUGGAGAACUUUUGUGUCCAGCUCAGGGAUUGUAAACGCACCAAUCAGCACCCUGUCAAAACGGACCAAUCAGCUCUCUGUAAAACAGACCAAUCGGCUCUCUGUAAAAUGGACAAAUCAGCAGGAUGUGGGUGGGGCCAGAUAAGAGAAUAAAAGCAGGCUGCCCUAGCCAGCAGUGGCAACCCCUUCGGGUUUGCUUCUAUGUUGUGGAAGCUUUGUUCUUUAGCUGUUUGCAGUAACUCUUGCUUCUGCUCACUGUUUGGGUCCACACUGCCUUUAUGAGCUGUAACACUCACAGCGAAGGUGUACAGCUUCACUGCUGAAGCCCCCGAAACCACGAACCCACCAGGAAGAACGAAUAACUCCAGACGCGCCCCCUUAAGAGCUGUAACACUCACCGCGAAGGUCUGCAGCUUCACUCCUGAGCCAGCGAGACCACGAACCCACUAGAAGGAAGAAACUCCGAACACAUCAGAACAUGAGAAGGAACAAACUCCGGACACGCGGCCUUUAAGAACUGUAACACUCACUGCGAGGGUCGGCGGCUUCAUUCUUGAAGUCAGUGAGACCAAGUACCCACCAAUUCCGGACACACUAUUACCUAGCUAACUCCUAUUUAUCCUCCCAGUUUCUCAGCUUAAAUAUCACCUUCUGAGAGAAGCCUACCCUGACCGUCCACACCUGGGUCCAAGAGCACUCAAACUUCUUUUUUACAGCAUUUGGCACACUUGACAGAGAAAUAGCUAAUGGUGUACGCACUUAGUAUUGUUUGUCUCCCCCUGCUGGAAUAGAAGCUCCUUGGUGGCAGAGACGCGUCUAUCUGCUUUACUGCUGUACCACCAGUAUCUAACACGGUUCCUAACAGUUCCUAACGGUACCUCAGCAGGUGCCCCGACUGAAAUACUGCCAGAGACUGGAUCUCUGUGAAGCUCUCAUGGGAACUGUACCAGGAAAGAGAAGAUUCUCUUUGCUAAAACCAGAAGGAGAACACAUUCCCCAAAGGGAGACCAGCCCACAACCUCCCCAUUGCUCUCCCAGGAAGACGAAAAGGAAAAUACACCAGAGAUCUUUCUCUUUCCGCGUGGACACAGGGAAGAGGGCAUGUGAGGAAGAGAGCCUUCACCAGACACCAAGCCUAAAGGCCCUGAUCUUGAACUUCCAUCCUACAGAAGGGAACUAAAGAAAGAAAAAUUGAAAAGACAUAGGGCCUGAGUCCCAAGAUAGUUCCCAACCUUCUCUGGUAGAGGGUCCCAGACCAGAUAAAUUGCAGAUGCACGUGUUCUCUCUAUUAUCAAAACAGCCCAUGAACAUCUUGCAACUUGCAGCCCCUGUCACGUUUAGGGCCUGAGAUUUGGAGUUGGAUAUGGGACUCCUGUUUGUGGCCUCCUCUCUUCCAGAGUCUUCCAGUACCCUCCAGAUAACAUCUCUGAGAGUCUCUUGAGACCACUGAAGCAAGAGGCUUCAAGAAAGCCCAGAAGGAGCCCAGAAGCAACAGUUCGAGACAGGCGCUUUCUGCGGCCAAGUGGAUAAGAGGAGCGGCCUGCAACCAUGGGACAGGGUGAGCCAAGCCAGCGCUCGACAGGGUUUGCUGGACUGUAUGCAGCCCCCGCAGCAUCACCUGUUUUCAUUAAAGGAAGUGGGAUGGAUGCCCUGGGUAUCAAGAGCUGUGACUUUCAGGCAGCAAGAAACAAUGAGGAGCACCACACCAAGGCCCUCAGCUCCCGGCGCCUCUUUGUGAGGAGGGGGCAGCCCUUCACCAUCAUCCUGCACUUCCGCGCUCCAGUCCGUGCAUUUCUGCCUGCCCUGAAGAAGGUGGCCCUCACUGCACAAACUGGAGAGCAGCCUUCCAAGAUCCACAGGACCCAAGCCACAUUCCCAAUUUCCAGUCUGGGGGACCGAAAGUGGUGGAGUGCAGUGGUGGAGGAGAGAGAUGCCCAGUCCUGGACCAUCUCUGUGACCACACCUGCGGACGCUGUCAUUGGCCACUACUCGCUUCUGCUGCAGGUCUCAGGCAGGAAGCAACACCUCUUGGGUCAGUUCACACUGCUUUUUAACCCCUGGAGUAGAGAGGAUGCUGUGUUCCUGAAGAAUGAGGCUCAGCGCAUGGAGUACUUGUUGAACCAGAAUGGUCUCAUCUACCUGGGUACAGCUGACUGCAUCCAGGCAGAGUCCUGGGACUUUGGCCAGUUCGAGGGGGAUGUCAUUGACCUCAGCCUGCGCUUGCUGAGCGAGGACAAGCAGGUAGAGAAGUGGAGCCAGCCGGUGCACGUGGCCCGUGUGUUGGGUGCCUUGCUGCAUUUUCUCAAGGAGCAGAGGGUCCUGCCCACUCCGCAGACCCAGGCCACCCAGGAAGGGGCCUUGCUGAACAAGCGCCGGGGCAGCGUGCCCAUCCUGCGGCAGUGGCUCACCGGCCGAGGCCGACCUGUGUAUGAUGGCCAGGCCUGGGUGUUGGCUGCUGUUGCUUGCACAGUGCUGCGAUGUCUGGGAAUCCCUGCCCGCGUGGUGACCACGUUUGCCUCAGCACAGGGCACCGGUGGGCGUCUGCUCAUAGAUGAAUACUAUAAUGAGGAGGGACUUCAGAACGGAGAAGGCCAGAGAGGCAGAAUCUGGAUCUUCCAGACUUCCACAGAGUGCUGGAUGACGCGGCCUGCCUUGCCCCAGGGUUAUGAUGGAUGGCAGAUUCUGCACCCAAGUGCUCCUAAUGGAGGUAGAGUCCUGGAGUCCUGUGAUCUGGUGCCGGUCAGAGCAGUCAAGGAGGGGACGCUGGGGCUGACCCCAGCAGUGUCAGACCUUUUUGCUGCCAUAAAUGCCUCAUGUGUGGUCUGGAAGUGCUGUGAGGAUGGGACACUGGAGUUGACUGACUCCAACACAAAGUAUGUUGGCAACAACAUCAGCACCAAGGGUGUGGGCAGUGACCGCUGCGAGGACAUCACUCAGAACUACAAGUAUCCUGAAGGGUCUCUUCAGGAAAAAGAGGUGCUGGAGAGAGUCGAGAAAGAGAAAAUGGAACGUGAGAAAGACAACGGCAUCCGUCCUCCCAGUCUCGAGACUGCCAGUCCUCUGUACCUGCUCUUGAAAGCACCCAGCUCCCUACCCCUGAGAGGGGAUGCCCAGAUCUCAGUGACGCUGGUUAAUCACAGUGAGCAGGAGAAGGCAGUGCAGCUGGCAAUUGGGGUCCAGGCUGUACACUACAACGGUGUCCUUGCUGCCAAGCUCUGGAGGAAGAAGCUGCACCUCACGCUCAGUGCCAACCUGGAAAAGAUAAUAACCAUCGGCGUGUUCUUCUCCGAUUUUGAGCGAAACCCACCCGAGAACACCUUCCUUAGACUCACCGCCAUGGCAACACACUCUGAAUCCAACCUUAGCUGCUUUGCUCAGGAAGACAUUGCCAUUUGUAGACCACACCUUGCCAUCAAGAUGCCAGAGAAAGCAGAGCAGUAUCAACCCCUCACAGCCUCAGUCAGCCUCCAGAACUCCCUAGAUGCCCCCAUGGAGGACUGUGUGAUCUCCAUCCUGGGAAGGGGGCUCAUUCACAGAGAGAGGAGCUACAGAUUCCAUUCAGUGUGGCCUGAAAACACCAUGUGUGGCAAGUUCCAGUUCACGCCAACACAUGUGGGGCUCCAGAGACUCACUGUGGAAGUGGACUGCAACAUGUUCCAGAACCUAACCAACUAUAAAAGCGUCACCGUGGUAGCCCCUGAACUAUCAGCUUAAACUUCCAGCUCUAUCACCACUCUCCUGCCAACCCUUGUUCUACAAUCUAAACCAAACAUGUGCUAGGAAGAGAAA